AUGACGACAUGCAGCACGUCCCAAUUGCAGUGGCAGCAAGUAGCCGCCCAGAAACAGUCUUUGCGUCGAGCGGCCAUGCAGCGCUUCACGGGCGCAGACGCUGAAACGACGGCAGCCGAAGCCUUGCCCAAUCCGGACCACAGCCUGGCCUUGACCUCCGCCAUCAGCAGCAUCCAUCUUGUCUCGCAAGCCAUCUCCUCGCGUGCUGUCACGGCAUCACAGCUGCUGCUUGCCUACAUCGCCCGCUUGACCGAGAUUCUUUUUGACGAUGCCCUUGAGCGAGCCAAGGAACUGGAUGCCUUUUUCGAGCAAAAUGGCCGCUUGGUGGGGCCUCUCCACGGUGUGCCAAUGACUCUCAAGGACCAGUUCGAUGUCAAGGGAUACGACAGCACGUUGGGCUACGUUGGGCGGGCUUUUCGCCCUGCCCUCCAAGAUUGCGUCUUGGUCUCUAUGCUCAGAGCCAUGGGCGCCGUAAUCCUUGCCAAGUCCAAUCUCCCCCAGAGCAUCAUGUGGUGCGAAACGGAUAACCCAUUGUGGGGCCGUACCGUUCACGAUAAAAACCCCGAAUUCACCCCCGGCGGUUCCACUGGUGGGGAAGCGGCGUUGCUGGCACUGCAAGGUACGGUGGUUGGAUGGGGCACCGACAUUGGAGGCAGCGUACGCAUUCCAACCCAUAUGAAUGGCCUAUAUGCUCUUAAGCCCAGCAGUACGCGUCUACCAUACCAAGGCGUUUCCGUCUCGACCGAAGGCCAGGAGCACGUCCCGUCCGUCGUAGGGCCGAUGACUCGAAACAUGGCCUCUCUAGUCGACGUCACAAAGGCAGUGAUCGACGCAAGUCCCUGGGACCACGACCCAAAGUGCUGUCCAGUUGCUUGGCGAUCUCAGCUUUACCAAGAUGCGCUUUCCAGGCCGUUGGUGAUCGCAGUCAUGCGCGACGAUGGCGUAGUCAGGUGCCAUCCACCCAUUGCACGCAUCCUCAACCAAGUCGCCGCUGCCCUCCAAGACGCUGGCCAUGAAGUGAUAGCGUGGACACCAGGCGGUCUGCACCAGGAGUGCAUCGACGACCAGUAUUAUACGGCCGACGGCGGUGAGGAUAUCCGACGUGACGUCGAGGCCGGUGGCGAGCCCUUCAUACCCCAUGUCGAGGCCCUCGUCAAUAGGGGACAGCCCAUUUCGGUAUACGACUACUGGCAGCUCAACAAGCAAAAGGUGGCAUUGCAGAAGCGCUACCUGGACACGUGGAACUCGACGCGAUGCGAAAAAAGCGGAAAGUCUGUCGAUGUUCUGCUUACGCCCGUCAUGCCACACUCCGCAGUACCACAUGGCAAGUGUCGGUGGGUAGGAUACACCAAAGUUUUUAACUUCAUAGACUACCCGGCAGUUGUCCUGCCUGCCGGUCAAGUUUCAAAAGAGCUUGAUGCUGAGGCUACUGAAGCCAUGGGCGAAUACUGUCCGAGAAAUCCGUUGGACGAAUGGAAUUGGAACAUGUUUGACCUGGACGCAAUGGACGGCAUGCCGGUCGGAGUGCAGGUUGUCGCGCGUCGCUUACAAGAGGAAAAAGUGCUUGGUGCUGCAGCUGUCAUUGAUAGGAUAGUCAACGGUAUGUAA